AUGCAGUCCGUUCGGGAGCUCGUGGCGGACGUCUGUCCGCUGUUUGAAGACAUCUGCAGAACCAUCAGCAGCAGCAGCAGCAGCAGCAGCAGCAGCGCUGUCUCAGACAGCGCUGCAGACACGAACACAAUCAGCAGCAGCAGCAGCAACAGCAGCAGCAGCAGCACUUCGGGUGUAUUGUUUCUCGGGUCUGGGGGCUCUGCUUCAAUCCCGCAGCUAAACCACCUGCUCCCUCUCUGCUCUCCUUCUCAUCCCUAUUACAGCACAGCCAAGAGAGAGACCCCGCUGCUGCCUCGUGAAGAGCUGCAGCAGCAAGCUGUUGCUUAUAAACAAUACCUCAAACAGAAAGAGCAGCAGCAGCAGCAGCAGCAGCAGCAGCAACAGCAGCAGCAGCAAGUGAAUGGCCACAACACCGCCAGUGGCAGCACUCUCCCGCAGCACGCCUCACCAGCAACAGCAGCAGAAGAAGAAGAAGCAGCAGCAGCAGCAGCAGCAGCAGUAGCAGGAUUAAGAGGUCGUGAGCUGGAGAUAGCUGCUCGUGAUGCACGAGAAGCAGCUUGCUCUACUUGUUUAAAUGCAUUCUUAUACCCUCAAGGCCGCAACAGACGAAGAAAUAUUUGUUUGCUGCUGCACCUCGAAGGCAAGCGCAUCCUCAUUGACUGCGGGAAGACGAUCAGAGACUCUCUACUCGCAUUUGCAUGCGCAUUUAAUCUGAGCUGCGUAGACGCAGUAUUUUUAACUCAUGACCACAUCGACGCGAUUGGGGGUUUGGACGACUUGAGGGAUUUGCAGCCGUUUCAGAGGGUUUCUUUUGAAGCCCCAGCAGCAGCAGCAGCAGCAGCAGCAACAGCAGCAGCAGCAGCACAGAGGGGAGACUGCAGGUGGCCUUACAUUGAGCGCUGCUGCUUGAGCAGCAGCAACUCCCUAACAGCAGCAGCAGCUGCUGCUGCUGCAGCAGCGGAAGUAAUGGCAGCAGAAACGGGAGCAGGAUUAGCAGAAGCAGCAGCAGCAGGCGCAGAAGCAGCAGCAGGCAUAGAAGCAGCAGCAGGCGCAGAAGCAGCAGCAGGAGGACCAGCAGCAGCAGCAGCAGCAGCAGCAGCAGCAGCAGCAGCAGAGUGCAUUGUAGCCCAGACUAAGGAUGGCGAGUUUGCAAUAACAAAUAAACUGCGGCUGCUGCUGAAGCGGAAGGUAGCCUGCGUAGAGUUUCGUGUUCUUAAUGAUGAAGUGUUUGCUGCUGCUCCAGGGUGUACAGAUGGUGCUGGUGCUGCUGCAGUUGCUGCUGCUGCUGCUGCUGCUGCAGACAGAGCGAGGGAAGCGCUGCAAACUGCUGCUGCUGUCACACAAGGCAACUCCUUUUCAGCAGCAAAAGAUGCCCAAGCAGCAGCAGCAGCAACACCAGCAGCAGCAGCAGCAGCAGCAGCAGCAAACAUACCCGUUAGUGUAGAGCCCAUAGACGGUUGGGGCUUCACAAGGCUGCAAAUACCGGGUGUACGUACACCUGUCUUUUCUUUUCCUGUUUAUCACGGAGGUGUUUACGUUUGUCUUGGGUUUAUGUCUUUGGGUCAAGAGCCGUUUCUGCUGCUGUCAGACGUUACGCAGAUCCCCCCACUCGUGCUGCAGCGACUUCUGCAACUCCCCAGGCCAGAGGUGCUGGUGCUAGAUGCAAUAGGAGAGAGGCCGCAUGCAGCACAUUUAAGUAUACAAGAAGCUUUAGACAUAGGCGUAUUGCUGCAGCCUCGACGUCUCUUCUUUGUGGGUAUGGACUGCUGCUUAGAAGACCAGUGGACCGCUAAGCGAUUAGACCAAUGGUUAACCACCCAUAGACAAGCAUUUAAAGCAGCACGAGGAAGAGACAGCCGAAUAGAACGUGUAGCGCUCGCUCAUGACGGCCUCUUCUUAAACGUACACCUCGCUGCUGCUGCUGCUGCUGCUGCUGCUGCACAUCCUGCUGCGGUUGCUGCUGCUCUUGCUGCGGAUCGCGCAGUAGUUGCAAAUGCAGCUAGGUAG